AUGGAGAAACAACAUGCUAAUACUUUCGACUAUGACAACUAUUCCCUGCCCUCGGCAGCAACCCACAUCCGCUUAAUCGAACUGCUUCCAUCAAGUUCAGUCGCAACAUCCAAAUCAGCCGACCAUGAAUUCUCCAGUCAUCUUUCGUGUAACCUCACAAUCACACCAAUAUUCGAACCAAAGGCCUACAAAGCAGUCUCAUAUACUUGGGGCACGUCUGAGAGAACAUGCUCACUCGACAUCUCGGGGACCAACCUACCUAUCACUCCUGCACUUGACACAGCUCUCCGACAUCUCAGGAGACGGGAGGAACCUAUUAUUCUAUGGGUUGAUCAGAUCUGUAUCGAUCAGAGCAACCAUGCUGAGAAAGGAGAUCAAGUGCUCCUCAUGUCCGACGUCUACACCAAAGCCGAGCAAGUGUUGGUCUGGCUUGGACCUGAGGCCGACAGAUCUGAUGAGUUGAUGGAUCUAUGGCAGGAAGUUGGGCAACUAGCACUGAACCUAGGAAUUCAAGACUACUUUACGAGGGAGCGUAUACCUUUGCUGCAAGACAUUAUCAAGGAUCCCAAAUUCGAUCAUCCUCUUACACAAGGCUAUCACGAGCUUGUCGACUUGGCGCGGCCACGCUUCGAAGAUCUCUUACAGGCGACAGUUGAUUGGCACGACAGGUUCUGGUUCCGUCGAGUCUGGACAGUUCAAGAACUUUGCCUUUGUCAGGACACGCUGUUUGUCAAUAGUGACACGAUGGCGACGCGGAACCGAGACCGCAUAUAUGGGUUGUUGGGUCUGGCUGUUGAUGCGGAGAGGCUUUCCAUUAAACCAGACUACGCUUCUGAAGACCCGGCGCCUAUUUUCACCAAAGUGGCCCGGAAGGUGAUUCGGAACGGGCGAGUAGAGUUUUUAUCGUUCUCGCAGUUUCCAAAAGAACACGAUCUAGAGCAUCUCCCGUCUUGGGUGCCUGACUGGAGGCCAAAUCUUGAGUCCUCUUUCUACACCAUUUACGAGAAUGGAGAGGACCAUCUUUUAGCUGCUUCAGGGGAUACCAAGGUCUGCCUUGAGCCAGUCCAGGAUCCCAACAUCUUGGCUAUCAAGGGUUACAUGAUUGAUACGAUUGAGGAGGUAGGCGAGAGAUGGCAUUCCUCGAAUUCACACGCUCUGUGUCAAGUCCAUCUAUCCCGUAUCGUGGACUUUUGCGCCAAAUCAACUGCCAAGAACGAGCCUAUUUACGACAAUGACGAACGACGAGCCGAGGCAGUUUGGCGAGUGCCUGUUGGAGACUUGUACUGGACCAAGGAUACACCAAACGCUCGUGCUAGCCGCUCACUCGCAAGCGACCAGUAUCUUGACUGUAUUUUUGUCCUUGAGCUACUGGAAUCAUGGCCAGACAUGACACCCGAGGAGCGAACAGCACGUUUUCCAGAACUUGAGGCACGGAGGUUCCCAUCUGGCUCGUAUAGGGGUAACAUGGCUGCCAUGGAUGGGAAGAAGCCAUAUUUGACACGGAAGGGAUAUGUUGGCAUGUGUCCAAGUCACGCAGUUGAGGGGGAUCAAGUUGUUAUCUUUAUGGGAGGAAGGAUCUUGUAUGUGUUGCGGCCAUUGGAGGGCAGUGAAGAGUUUACGUUUGUAGGUGAGGCAUAUUGCGACGGGGUCAUGGAUGGAGAGAUUCUGGAGAGAGCCGAAGAGAGGUUAUUUUUGAUUAGAUAA